AUGCCUCAGAAUUAUGUUCACGAAAGGGAACUGACAUUCUUUAUUAUUGUGUUGAUUUUGCUCGUAAUUAAUACUGCUUUAAUGGCUACUCUUCAAAUGUCGACGGUUGUGCUGAUGGCCAGACUCCCGUUGGACUACCUCUUGUUCUUCCUGGUGGGCAACCAGGGGAAUGUGUUCGUUACGAUCCUGCAAAUCAUUAGCCUGGCCGUCACGGACGACGAUUCGACGACGGCGUUGAUUUACUUCGGAGUCAAUGUGGUAGUCAUGAUACUAGCGUUUGUGCUGUUGAUGCUAGCCAGGAGGACCGACGUGUUCAAAUACUACCAAGUGGAAAUUACGCAAUCUCAGAAAUCGGAAACGCUAAGCUGGACGGAAUCGAUGGCUUUGAUAAAGAAGGUAUGGCCCUGCAUGGCCAUUAUUAUUCUCUGUUACGGCGCCUCGAUGGCCGUGCAUCCGAGUAUUUCCACGUUGGUUGUGUCCCAGUACGAAUUAGAUAAAUCGCAGUGGUCUGAUAAAUACUUUACUCCUGUUUGCGCUUUUCUCGUAUCAGAACUGUCCGCUGUGUUUGGAAGGAUAGUUUCCAAAAAAAUCAUUAUAAACGCGAACAAUAAAUUAUAUUUCAUCGCUGUCGCAGCGGGAAGGUUCAUAUUGUUGAUUUCAAUAGGUCUAUUUUUGAACGCGAAACCCAGGACAAUGCCUGUGAUAUUUGGAAAAGAUUGGGAAUUCGCGCUUUACAUGUUUUUUUUCGGCUUCUCCCAGGGCUUAUUGUUGAACAUUUGUUCUAUGAGCAUGAAAAGUUUGGCGCCAGGACAGCAAGAUGUCGCAUUAAAAUUCGUGUCUUUGACUACAGCCAUAUGCAGUACUGCCUUUGUAGCCAAUGGUAUGAUAGCAGUUAAAGUAUUAUCUAUUUGAACUUUAGAUUUACAUACUUAUUUAAUUAUAAUUGUCUAUUUAUUAAUUUGUGUAUAAAAUUUAUUUUUUUAACAAA